AUGGAUGAAAAUGGUCAGUACAGAUCAACUAAAUGUUGCUGUUUCAUUUGUUCAAGAAUCAAGUUGGGGAAACUUAUUGAGGAGAAGAUCAGAGAUAUUCAUGAACUUCUAGAGAAUGUCCCACAUUUAGAGGAUUCAAUUGCUAUUCCUGUAAACAAGAGAGGUGGUGUUCUAAGAAUUGGUGUUUGGGGGAUGGGAGGAGAGGGUAAAACAACAAUCAUGUCAGAGAUUCACAACUGCCUAGUGAAAGGAAAUAGUCUAUACAAUUGCAUUAUUUGGGUAGUAGCAUCAAACGAUCUAAAUAAGGUGCAACAAGAUAUAGCUGUGAAGUUAGGUUUGAACUUUAAUGAAACUGAUGACCAAAAAGCAAGAGCUUCAAAAUUGUUAGAAACUUUUAAUAGGAGGAAGACAUUUGCACUGAUUUUAGAUGAUGUUUGGGAACCAUUCUCUAUAGAAGAAGUUGGAAUUCCUGUGCUAACAACAGAGAAUGGUUGUAAAUUAGUAAUAAUAACUCGAAGCCGUAUAGUGUGCAGAGACAUGGAAAGAGAAGAGGAUGUUGAAUUGAAACUUCUUUUAGAGGAUGAAGCAUGGAAUCUCUUCAAGGACAAAGCUGGGGAACUUGUACUAUCAGAUCUGGAUGUACAAUCAAUUGUAAUGGAAGCGGUGAAACAGUGUUGUGGUUUGCCUCUAGCUAUUGUUGCAGUUGGACGUGCAUUAAGAAACACAACUGAUAUAAUAGAGCGGGUGAAUGCAUUAGAAGAGUUCAAAAGGUCAAGUAUUGAUAUAUACAACGUUGACGAAGUAUUGCGUUCUCGUUUGAAGUUGAGCUAUUCGAAACUAAAGAAUGAUGCAAGGAGAACUUACUUUCUGUUUUGUGCUUUAUACUCAAAAGGUCAUCUAAUUGAAGAGAAUGAAUUGAUUAAUUAUUGGGUGUGGGAAGAUUUACUGGGUGGUGUAAGCAUGGUCGAGAUGAAACGAAAGGGGCAAAUGAUUGUAUGUGAGUUGAUAUCUGCUUGCUUGUGA